GGGAGUAGGGGGACCCCUAUCCCUACCCCUCGCGUGCGCUUACCACGAAGGAAGUCCCCGCCGCAAUUUUGUGCAUCUUCAUUGCAACAUCGGUGGCACUUUUGAUCUUGCAGCAACAUGGACAAGCUCAAGAUCUUGGUGCUCAACGCGGGCAGUUCGUCGCUCAAGUACAAGUUGUUCGCGGAGAAGAGCGGCACCGCGCUGACGCCGCUGAUUUCCGGCAUGGUCGAGCUCGGGAGCCAGAAGCAAGUCAAGCACACCACGUACACGCCGACGUCCACCGUCAAGGCGUCGCUUCCCCCGGUGUCCCUUCCCGACCACAAGACGGCCCUCUCGUACGUCAUCGACUUGCUGACGGACUCCACCCAUGGCGGGUUGAAGCACAAGAACGAAAUCCACGGCAUUGGGCAUCGCGUGGUGCAUGGAGGUGAAGCGUUCCACGACCACUCGCUCAUCACCCCCGCCGUGAUCAAAGCGCUGGAAGACAACGUCGACAUCGCCCCGUUGCACAACCCCGCCAACAUUUUGGGGAUUCAAGUCGCGCACGAACUGUUUGAUUGCCAGCACGUGGCUGUGUUCGACACAGCGUUCCACUCGACGCUGCCCCCCGCGGCCUACUUGUACGGCCUCCCAUACUCGCUCUACCAGGACUACGGCAUCCGGCGCUAUGGGUUCCACGGCACGAGCCACCAAUACGUUGCGCAACAAGCGGCUGCGCACUUGGGCAAGCCAUUGGAAAAGAGCAAUCUGGUCACAUUGCACUUGGGCAACGGUUCGAGCAUGUCUGCGAUCCGCGACGGCAAAUGCAUCGACACGUCCAUGGGGUUCACACCCCUGGAAGGACUCAUUAUGGGUUCCCGCAGCGGCGACAUUGACCCCGCCAUCAUUCCGUUUCUCCAUUCGCAUGCGAAGCUGUCCAUUUCUGAAAUUGACACCCUCUUGAACAAGAAGAGCGGGCUCUUGGGGCUGUGCGGCGAGUCGGACGUUCGCACCAUCCAAGACCGCGUCGUGGCCGGCGACGCCCAGGCCAACUUGGCGUUGGACGUACGAACUGUUUAUUGUUUUUAUAUCAUAUGACGUGAUCAUCAUUAGGUGUUUGCCCACCGCGUGCGCAAGUACCUGGGGGCGUACGUGCUCCAGCUGUACCCGAAAGUGGAUGCGAUCGUGUUCACAGCGGGCAUUGGCGAGCAGUCUUCCGUCCUCCGCGAGCGCAUUUGCGCCAACUUGGCCCAUGUCGGCAUCCAAGUGGACACGUCCAAGAACGUUCCAGGUCCGACGUCUGGCGUGCGCGAGAUCCACGUCCAGGGGUCGCCCAUUCCCAUCUUGGUCAUUCCCACCGACGAAGAAAAGAGCAUCGCCGAAACCACCGUGCGCCUCAUCAAUUAAUCUAUCCCUUCAAGUAGGGCAAAGUCAUAUCAUGUACUAGUCGGAUUCGUCAAUCGAAGGAGAAACAAUAGGAUUAGGAACAUGCAUAUAUCAUCUAGCUAGUACUAGUACUAAAGUAGUCGUUGCGUAAAUGUCUAUUUUCGCUUUUUCAACGGGCGGCGCUUGGGGGUCGGCGUCUGUUGCGCCGCCUGGUCGUCCCGCUCACCCCGUUCAAUGGCUUCCAAGUACUCGUCUGCGUCAGCAAAUGGCGACUUGCGUUUGUCACUUGCCUUUUUCUUUCCUUUGCUCACGGACGGCGGUGGCGCGGCCGAUUCUUCGUCAUCGUCACCAAAUUGCACCUCAUUGUCAUCGUCGUCAUCCAGGUCCUCAUCGUCGUCAAACAUCAUGUCUUCGUCGUUCAUUUCAGCGCCGUCACCAUCAUCGUCGUCGUCACCAUCGUCGUCGUCGUCACCAUCCUCGUUGUCACCGCUUUCGUCACCACUCCAGUCGUCCAUGUCUGGAUCUUCGUCGUCGUUGUCCUCCAUGAUGCUCUCGGCCAACUGGUUUGCAAACGCUUCGUACUCUUCGUCCUCCUCAUCGGAAGCCAGCGCGUCGCCCGUCAAGUCGUCCUUUUUCUUGGUCGGUUUCGCUGGCACUCGCUUGGCGCGUUCUUUGAAAAACGUGUAAAAGAAGCGGUCCGUGUCCGCGACCGCGGCCUCGUCCUGCGCCAAAAAGUGCUCCGAAUGGACCCCCACGACGGCGUGCUUGUCGUCGCCGUCGUCGCCGCGACCCCCGCCGUGGCUGUACCGAUGCGGACCGUCCUUGGACUUGGGCUUCUUGUUGACAAACUUGUCGAAAAAUACAGACAGCGUAAAGUCGUUGAGCGGGUCGCCCUUGUACGAAAUCGCGCCGUCCACCAGCUGCUUGGCGAACUGCGCGACGGACGGAUGAUAGUGCACCAGGAACGGCUGCAGUUCCCACAAGCACGAGGUUUCCGCUCCUGCGUACAGGGGGUUGCGCUUUCGCGGGUCGUACGGGGUGACGACGACUACCCCCCCACUGACACGCUUGACAGCCGACCGGCGGUCGUCGUCGGGGGCAACGUCCAGCCCCAUCGACUUCAAUAAGGCCGCGCUGCGCUUGCGCUCGGCUUCCAAGUCCGCUUCGCCCUCGUCCUCCUCGGCGGGUACGGGGGCUUCCAACGCUUGGUCGUCGGAGGCGUCUUCAUCUUCCGCGGACGACUCGACAGUGUCGUCGUCCUUCUUGUUGUUGGAUGGCGGCACUUGAUCUUGGGUGAGGUCGUGCUCGGGCUGGUCAAUCAGCGCACGGAAACUCUUGUUGUGUUGAAGCAAUUCAGAAACGAGGAACAGCGCGGCGCAGCAAAACGCCGGCGGCAUCGUGAGCGACACUUGCAGCAGGCGCUUGAUCAUGGCAUGGACGCGGGCAGGGGACACGUCUUGCUUGAUGGCGCGGAAGAGCAGGUUGAGGAAUAGCGUGUGCUUGGACGUCGUGUGCAUCUGAUUCAAACACAGCAACACUUGUCAGCAUUUUAAUAGAAAAUAAAGAUACAGAUAAGUUAAGCAC